AUGUCGCAGGUGUCCAGAAAGGCGAAAGGGUUCUCACUCACGCGCUUCCAACGCGCGCCACGGAUAAACCGUGCCCUCGCCAGACACCCCAAGACUGGCCUGCCGCAGCCCCCCGUCAAAAUCGUCACCCGCGAGUUCGCGCCCUGCCGCCUCGAAGACCACUACCACACCACACUCAAGGACGACCUCAUGUACAUGACAUACACGCACGAGAUUGGUGAGCGCCGCGCGCCGCGCCAGAUUCGUCUCAAAUUCGACCCGGAGGACCCGUACUCGAAAUACCGAAAGAACCCACCCGUUGGAGGGUCGCAGGUGGGCAAGAAGCCUGCGCCACCGUCGACGCCGGAGAACAUCGUGCGCCUGGAGAAGAUUCAGCUACACACGAUGGUGAAAGAAGCCACGGCGAACAAGAGCCACCUGCUCCCUGCCAUUAUGCAACUGAAAGCGCUGUCGGGUGAAUCGUACAAGGCUGGGGGGCGACACGCAGUGGAGGGCAUUCAGAUCAUCCGUGGCAAGAAGUCUGUGGGUGGAUGGGUGCGGCCUGGAAUCCCCAUUGGUGCCAAGGUCGACCUGAAGGGACAGGCCAUGUACGAUUUCCUAGGAACGCUCACCGAGUUCGUGCUUCCUCGACUACGUGAUUUCAACGGCGUCGUUCUACCUCCACAAUCCUCAUCCUCAAACACACCCAGUACCGUUGCGGGAGUCGUCUCUUUUGGUCUCCCUCCAAGUGCCAUCGGUUUCUUCCCCCAAAUUGAAGUCAACAUUGACGCAUACCCCAAACUGUCUGGCAUGCAUAUCCACUUCGUCACGAACGCGACAGGUAUCGGCGCCCAGGACCGCGCUCGAGCUCUAGUGUCAGGGUUCCAGGUACCCUUUGUGCGGAGAUAG